AGGGGACGGGCAGGAAACGUGGUUAGAUCUUAUAAAAUCCAUUGUCUCCGUACUGGCUCUCACAUCAAAGAUUGGAGGAGCGUGUAGACUAUAUUCCUUAGAAGGGAAACUUCAUUCAUUGGGGAAACUGAGGAAAUUAAACUGAACGUUUCAACAAAAUAACUCGGGAUCUACAAACACACUUGUGGGCUUUAUUUUUCAUCCUAAACAGCGAACAGUUAUCAAAAGUAAAUAGGUAAAACAUGAAAAUGUCAUCGCUUGAACUGUCCGAAGUCCUUAAAGAAGGAGAACUGGAGAAAAGGAGCGACAACUUGCUCCAGUUUUGGAGAAAGAAGACGUGCGUCUUGACAUCAGACAGCCUGAACAUCUAUGCUGACGGCCAGAAGAGAUCAAAAGCCAAGGAGCUGAAGCUUCAGUCCAUCAAGAAAGUGGACUGUGUGGAGCGGACCGGCAAAUUCGUCUAUUUCACCAUUGUGACCACAGACAACAAGGAGAUCGAUUUCAGGUGCUUCGAUGAGGAUACCUGCUGGAAUGCCGUCAUUACCAUGGCUUUAAUAGACUUUCAGAACAGAAAGGCAAUCCAGGACUUUAAAUCGCUACAGGAGUCGACGUCACCCGGUCACCAGGAAAGACACCUGGUAAAGUCUCUGUAAACCCCUUCACCGCAAGUGACCAGAUAUAGUCAGCUGAAUUGAAAAAAAAGGACCAUGAAGAAUACUGGGACCAAACGAAGAAGAUGUCAAAGGUCUGAGGAUGAAGGAUUGAAAAGGAUGGAACCCCUCCUUGUGGACUUCCUAGAGCCCAACCAGGAGCUGAAGAAUGCAUGGCAUCCAAACAAGUUGCUUUAAAUUAAGCCAAAGACUGAAUCCUAGACUCACAAAGCUACCAUAGUACUGUACUGUGGUGGAAACGCUUCGCGACCCCUUUAAUAUGUAAUAUAAUGUGUAUUUAUUUAUUUGUUUGCAAGAAACUGUCUCUUUUGUGCGUCUGCAGGUCUUGUUUGAUUUAAAUUAUUCAUAUGGUAACAUGUAUUUAUUUUAAUAAAAUGUUUUUGGAAAGAAAA